CUGCCCACCUCCACCUUGCCCUCUGUGGAAGUGACCCCCCAAGAAGCCUCAGAGCUUCCCCAGGAACCAGAGCUCCUGGCUGGGGAGGAGGAGCAGGAAGAGGUGCUCCCGGAGGUGGCUCCCCCCAGCCUGAAGGAGGUGGAGGACGCCGUGCAGGAGGCCUCGGAGCUGGCCUCGGAGCCGGGGGUCGAGGAGGUGCUGAAGGAGCUGUUAGAGAGGGUGGUGGAGGCCGCCAUGGGGGAGGUGCAGAGGGAGGCUCAAGGGGAGGUGAAGGAGGAGGUGGCUGAAGUAGAGGAUGGAGUGGAGGAGGAGUUAGGAGGAGGAGGAGGAGAGCAGGAGGUAGAGGAGGAGGGAGAGGUGGAGGAGCAAGGAGAACAGGAGGAGGCUGUGACUGAAGUGGUGGAAGAGGAGGUAGAGGUUGGAGGAGAAGGGGAGGCCAUUGAAGAUGGGUCUGUAGAGGAGAGCAUAGCAGAGGAGGUGGAAGAUCAACUAGUGGAAGCCCCUGUUGCUCCCCUCACUAAGGGAGAGGUUGUGGAGGAAACUACCCUCCCAGAAGAGGAGGAGGAGGGAGGAGGAAAGGUAGUCGGAGAGGAGACGGAGGGAGAGGAGGAGGAGGGAGGAGGAAAGGUAGUCGUAGAGGAGACGGAGGGAGAGGAGGAGGAGGGAGGAGGAAAGGUAGUCGUAGAGGAGACGGAGGGAGAGGAGGGGGAGGAGGUGGUGCAGACAGAGCAGGAGACUGUGACUGAGGAGGCUGGAGGAGAGAAGGAGGGAGAGGGGGAGGGAUUAGGAGAGGAGGUGGGGGUGGGGGUGGAAGACUAUGAGGAGAUGAAGACUACUCAGUCGGUAGUGGGGGAGCCAGUCAAAGAGGAGGGAGGGGAGGAGGAGGAGGGAGGGAUGGAGGAGGUGGUGGAGGUGGGAGGAGAGGGGGAGGAGGGAAGGAUGGAGGAGGUGGUGGAGGUGGGAGGAGAGGGGGAGGAGGGAAGGAUGGAGGAGGUGGUGGUGGUGGGAGGAGAGGGGGAGGAGGGAAGGAUGGAGGAGGUGGUGGAGGUGGGAGGAGAGAGGGAGGAGGGAAGGAUGGAGGAGGUGGUGGAGGUGGGAGGAGAGGGGGAGGAGGGAAGGAUGGAGGAAGGUGUGGUGGUUGUGGAGGAGGAGGAGGCUGGAGCUGAGGUAGUGAUUGGGGAGGCAGGGGGUGAGGAGGAAGGGGAUGGAGAGAGUGUGGGAGAGGAGGGGGGAGAUGAGGGGGUGGUGGUAGGUGCUGCAGACCAGCUGGGAGGUGAAGCAGGAGGAAGAGAAGGAGGAGAGGAGACACCAGAAACGGAGGACCAAGGUAAACUAUAGUGGAAUUAAACCACCAGGGUCAUGUUCAGUAGCCAAACAUUGGGGAACGUUGCAGCUAGAAAUGUCACGAGGAGAAUAGAGCCGACGUGAUCGCUUAUUCUACAUGUCAGAGAGGCAUGUUUGUUCUGAAUGUUGGUCAACAUGGUGUCCUAAUGAAUGUGGCCCUGAAGGCUUAAUGUCCCAGUAAAGUACUCUUGGUGCAGUGGUCAAAACAACCCUGAUCCUGGAGAGCUACAGAGUAUAUGCAGGCUUUUGUUCCAACCCAGCACUUACAUACCUGGGCCAUGCUCAGUAGGGAGAUAGCGUUGUGGAACUGAGUGAAACAGGAAGCUACUACUGAGUGAAACAGGAAGCUACUACUGAGUGAAACAGGAAGCUACUACCUGAACAUGUACAAUAACAACACAGGUUUUUAUUUAACGAUUACAAGCAUAUCCAUAACAUAAUGCAGCCACCACUAUGCUUGACAAUAUGGAGAGUGGUACUCAGUAAUGUGUUGUAUAGGAUUUGCCCCAAACAUAACACUUUGUAUUCAGGACGAAAAGUUAAUUGCUUUGCAAAAUGUUUUGCAUUAUUACUUUAGUGCCUUGUUGCAAACAGGAUGCAUGUUUUCGAUUAUUUUUAUUCUGUACUAACUUCCUUCUUUUCACUCUGUCAAUUAGGUUAGUAUUGUGGAGUAACUACAAUGUUAUUGAUCCAUCGUCAGUUUUCUAUCACAGCCAUUAAACUCUGUAACUGUUUUAAAAUGACCAUUGGCCUCAUGGUGAAAUCCCUGAGUGGUUUCCUUCCACUUCGGCGACGGAGUGAGGAAGGACGCCUGUAUCUUUGUAGUGACUGGGUGUAUUGAUACACCAUCCAAAGUGUAAUUAAUAACUUCACCAUGCUCAAAGGGAUAUUCAAUGUCUGUUUAAAAAAACAACAACAUUGAUUUACCAAUAGUGCCCUUCUUUGCGAGGCAUUGGAAAACCUUCCUGGUCUUUGAGGUUGAAUCUGUGUUUGAAAAUCACUGGUCAACUGAGGGACCUUACAGAUAAUUGUAUGUGUGGGGUACAGAGAUGAGGUAGUCAUUCAAAAAUCAUGUUCAACACUACUAUUGCACACAGAGUGAGUCCAUGCAACUUAUUAUGUGACUUGUCAAGCACAUUUUUACUCCAGAAUGUAUUUAGGCUUGCCAUAACAAAGGGGUUGAAUACUUAUUGACUCAAGACAUUUCAGCUUUUCAUGUUUUAUUCAUUCAUAAGAAUUUCUAAAAACAUAAAUCCACUUUGAUAUUAUGGGGUUAUUGUGACCAAAACAUCAAAAUGUAAUCCAUUUUAAAUUCAGGCUGUAACACAACAAAAAAUGUGGAAAAAGUCAAGAGGUGUGAAUAGUUGCUGAAGGCACUGUAUGUGCUGACUGAGAUUACUCCACACACAUAUACACACACACACACACACACACACACACACACCACACACACCACACACACACAUCUAUACGUUAGCCCCAUACAUUCCAUAGGUCCACUCUAUAGCCCCCUACCCCGAGCCUUGGGCCUUCUCAGUCUCAUUUACACAUGUGUGCCAAAUGUCUGACCCCUCCUCUAGAAGUGCUGCUGGACCCAGGUGAGAGCUCCCUGAGAUCCAUACCAGGAGAGUCUCAGGACCCCGCUAGCCCACUCGGCCCCCACCGUCCUUGGGGAGAGACGGAGAGCAACACCAUGGGAGGGGAGGAGAUCCUGGAGGAUGUGGAUCUGGAGUCGAACGACGCCAACAAGAUCAUCACGUUUCAGGACAACGUUUUAAACCUUGACCCUGAUGAGGCCACGUCCACUCUGGAUAACUUUGUGGAGGACAUUCUUGCAACAGCCGAGGAGAAGGAGCAAGGAGAGACCAAUGAGGUGGUGGAGGCCACUACAGAUACUGACAAAACAGGUAACUUUAUCCUGUAUUAUAACUACUGACAACACAGGUAACUUUAUCCUGUAUUAUUACUACUGACAACACAGGUAACUUUAUCCUGUAGUAUAACUACUGACAACAGGUAACUUUAUCCUGUAUUAUAACUACUGACAACAGGUAACUUUAUCCUGUAUUAUAACUACUGACAACACAGGUAACUUUAUCCUGUAUUAUAACUACUGACAACAGGUAACUUUAUCCUGUAUUAUAACUACUGACAACAGGUAACUUUAUCCUGUAUUAUAAAUACUGACAACACAGGUAACUUUUCCUGUUUAUAACAUAAAACAGGUAACUUUUCCUGUAUUACUACGACAAACAGGUAACUUAUCCGUAUUAAACUAGACAACAGGUACUUUAUGUAUUAUAAUAUGAAACAGGUAAUUUAUCCUGUAUAUAACUACACAACACAGGUAACUUAUCCUGUAUAUAAUACGACACAGGUACUUACUGUUAAAAUAAAAGGUAACUUUCCUGUAUAUAACUAUAAAACAGACUUAUCUUUUAUAAUUACAAAACAGUAAUUUAUCCUGUAUUAUAACUACUGCAACAGUACUUCUGUAUUAAAUACUAAAACAGGAACUUUACUGUAUUAAUAUAAACAAGGUAACUUACCUGUAUAAAUAGAAACACAGGAACUUUCUGAUUAUAAUUUAAACAGUAACUUAUCUGUAUAUAAUACUACAAACAGGUAAAUAUCCGUAUAUAACUAUGAAAAAGUCACUUAUCUUAUAAACUACUACAACACAGGUAACUUUAUCGUUUGUAACUAUACUAACAACACAGGUAACUUUAUCCUGUAUUAUAAAUACUACAACCCAGGUAACUUUAUCUAUAUAACUCUGAAACACAGGUAACUUAUCUGUAUUUAACACUGACAACAGGAACUUUUCCUGUAUUAAACAUGACAACAGGUAAUUAUCCUGGAUUAUAACUACUGACAACACAGGUAACUUUAUCCUUAUUAAACUACUAAAGUAAUUUACCUGUAUAUAACUAUACAACCGGAUAACUUAUCCAUUUUAAACACUGACAACAGGUAAUGAUCUGUAUAUAACUACUGACAACAGGUAACUUUUCCGUAUAUAACUACGACAAACAGGUAACUUAUCGUAUUAUACUACUGAAACAAGGUACUUUAUCCUGUAUUAUAACUACUGACAACACAGGUAACUUUAUCCUGUAUUAUAACUACAACAACAGGAAUUUAUCUGUAUUAUAACUACUGACAACAGGUAACUUUAUCCUGUAUUAUAACUAACUGACAACCAGGUAACUUUCCUGUAUUAUAACUAUGACAACAGGUAACUUAUCCUGUAUUAUAACUACUAACAACACAGGGUAACUUAUCCUGUAGUAUAACUCUGACAACACAGGUACUUUAUCCUGUAUUUAACUACUAAAACAGGUAACUUUUUAUCCUGUAUAUAGCUACUGACAACAGGUACUUUAUCCUGUAUUAUAAAUACUUGAAUCACAGUAACUUUAUCCUGUAUUAUAACUAUAACAAACAGGUAACUUAUCCUGUAUUAUAACUACUAACACGAGGUACUUUAUCCUGUAUUAUAACUACUGACAACACAUGUAACUUUAUCCUGUAUUAUAACUACUUACAAACAGGUAACUUUAUCUGUAUUAUAAUACUAUGACAAACAGGUAACUUUAUCCUGUAUUAUAACUACUGACAACAGGUAACUUUAUCCUGUAUUAUAACUACUGACAACAGGUAACUUUAUCCUGUAUUAUAACUACUGACAACCAGGUAACUUUAUCCUGUAUUAUAACUACUGACAACAGGUAACUUUAUCCUGUAUUAUAAAUACUGACAACACAGGUAACUAUAUCCUGUAUUAUAACUAUUAAAAACAGGUAACUUUAUCCUGUAUUAUAAUUACUAACAACACAGGUAACUUUAUCCUGUAUUAUAACUACUGACAACAGAUAACUUUAUCCUGUAUUAUAACUACUAAAAACAGGUAACUUUAUCCUGUAUUAUAACUACUAACAAACACGGUACUUUAUCCUGUAUUAUAACUACUGACAACACAGGUAACUUUAUCCUGUAUUAUACAACUACUGACAACAGGUAACUUUAUCCUGUAUUAUAACUACUGAACAACAGGUAACUUUAUCCUGUAUUAAACUACUGACAACACAGUAACUUUAUCCUGUAUUAUAACUACUGACAACACAGGUAACUUUAUCCUGUAUUGUAACUACUAACAACACAGGUAACUUUAUCCGGUAUUAUAAAUACUAACAACAGGUAACUUUAUCCAGUAUCAUAACUACUGACAACACAGGUAACUUUAUCCUGUAUUAUAACUACUGACAACAGGUAACUUUAUCCUGUAUUAUAACUACUGACAACAGGUAACUUUAUCCUGUAUUAUAACUACUGACAACACAGGUAACUUUAUCCUGUAUUAUAACUACUGACAACAGAUAACUUUAUCCUGUAUUAUAACUACUGACAAACAGGAAACGUUAUCCUGUAUUAUAACUACUGACAACAGGUAACUUUAUCCUGUAUUAUAACUACUGACAACAGGUAACUUUAUCCUGUAUUAUAACUACUGACAACACAGGUAACUUUAUCCUGUAUUAUAACUACUGACAACAGGUACAUUUAUCCUGUAUUAACUACUGACAACAGGUACUUUAUCCUGUAUUAUAACUACUGACAACAGGUAACUUAUCCUGUAUUAUAACUACUGACAACAGGUAACUUUAUCCUGUAUUAUAACUACGAACAGUCUUUAAUCCUGUAUAUAACUACUGACAAAGGUAACUUUAUCCUGUAUUAUAACUACUGAACCAACAGGUAACUUUAUCCUGUAUUAUAACUACUGACAAACAGGUAACUUUAUCCUGUAUUAUAACUACUGACAACAGGUAACUUUAUCCUGUAUUAUAACUACUGACAACAGGUAACUUUAUCCUGUAUUAUAACUACUGACAACACAGGUAACUUUAUCCUGUAUUAUAACUACUAACAACAGGUAACUUUAUCCUGUAUUAUAACUACUGACAACACAGGUAACUAUAUCCUGUAUUAUAACUACUGACAAACAGGUAACUUUAUCCUGUAUUAUAACUACUAACAACACAGGUAACUUUAUCCUGUAUUAUAACUACUGACAACACAGGUAACUUUAUCCUGUAUUAUAACUACUGACAACAGGUAACUUUAUCCUGUAUUAUAACUACUGACAACACAGGUAACUUUAUCUUAUAUUAUAACUACUGACAACAGGUAACUUUAUCCUGUAUGAUAACUACUGACAACAGGUAACUUUAUCGUGUAUUAUAACUACUAAAAACAGGUAACUUUAUCCUGUAUUAUAACUACUAACAACACAGGUAACUUUAUCCUAUAUUAUAACUACUGACACCAGAAAAUUUAUCCUGUAUUAUAACUACUGACAACAGGUAACUUUAUCCUGUAUUAUAACUACUGACAACACAGGUCACUUUAUCCUGUAUUAUAACUACUGACAACAGGUACCUUUAUCCUGUAUUAUAACUACUAACAACACAGGUAACUUUAUCCUGUAUUUUAAAUACUAAAAACAGGUAACUUUAUCCAGUAUUAUAACUACUGACAACACAGGAAACUUUAUCCUGUAUUAUAAAUACUGACAACACAGGUAACUUUAUCCUGUAUUAUAACUACUGACAACACAGGUAACUUUAUCCUGUAUUAUAACUACUGACAACAGGUACAUUUAUCCUGUAUUAUAACUACUGACAACAGGUAACUUUAUCCUGUAUUAUAACUACUGACAACACAGGAAACGUUAUCCUGUAUUAUAACUACUGACAACAGUUACUUUAUCCUGUAUUAUAACUACUGACAACAGGUAACUUUAUCCUGUAUUAUAACUACUGACAACAGGUAACUUUAUCCUGUAUUAUAACUACUGACAACAGGUAACUUUAUCCUGUAUUAUAACUACUGACAACACAGGUAACUUUAUCCUGUAUUAUAACUACUGACAACAGGUAACUUUAUCCUGUAUUAUAACUACUGACAACAGGUAGCUUUAUCCUGUAUUAUAACUACUGACAACAGGUAACUUUAUCCUGUAUUAUAACUACUGACAACAGGUAACUUUUCCUUAGUAUUAAGCUACUACAGACAACACAGGUCACUUUAUCCUGUAUUAUAAACUACUGACAACAGGUAACUUAUACCUGUAUUAUAACUACUGACAAACAGGGUACUUUAUCCUGUAUUAUAACUAAUCUGACAACAGGUAACUUAUACCUGUAUUAUAAACUACUACAACACAGGUAACUUUAUCCUGUAUUAUCAUACUAACAACAGGUAACUUUAUCCUGUAUUAUAACUACUGACAAACAGGUGUAACUUUAUCCUGUAUUAUAACUACUGAACAAACAGGUAACUUUAUCCUGUAUUAGAAGCUACUAUACAACACAGGUAACUUUAUUCCUUUAUAAACUACUGACAACAGGUAACUGUACCUGUAUUAUAACUACUGACAACACAGGUAAACUGUUAUCCUGUAUUAUAACUACUGACAACAGGUAACUUUAUCCUGUAUUAUAACCACUACAACACAGGAAUGACUUAUCCUGUUUCAACUACGACAACAAGGUACCAUUACACGUAUUAAACUAUGCUCCAGGGGUGUACUGUACAUCAGAUGUUCACUACAGAAACAGGUAGUAGACUAGUUAGUACCUGUCCAAGGGGUAAUUACUGUGUACUCAAGCUGUCUCACUACAGAAACAGGAGAAGACUAGUGUACCUGCCAGGGGCUGUACUGUACUCAAGCUGUUAAACUACAGAAACAGGAAUAGACAGUGUCCGUCAAGGGGGUUGUACUGGUACAUUAACUGUGUCUCACUACAAGAACAAGGAGAUAGACUAGUUGUCUGUCCAGGGGGUGUACUGUUACAUCAAGCUGUCUCACUACAGAAACAGGAGAUAGACUAGUGUCCUGUCCAGGGGGUGUACUGUACAUCAGCAGCUGUCUCACUACAUGAAACAGGUGAUAGACUAGUGUCCUGCAGGGGGUCUUACUAUUACUCUACAAUCAAGCUGUCUUCAUCCUGUAAAUAAAAAAAAGACAUAGACUAGUGUCCUGUCCAGGGGGUUGUACUGUACUAUCAAGCUUGUCUCACACUACGAAACAGGAGAUAGACUAGUAGUCCUGUCCAGGGAGGUGUUUACUGUAAUAAGCUCACUGCAAGCAGAUACUAGUAAGACAAACAGGAGGAAUAGAUAGACUAGUGUCCUGUCCAGGGGGUGUACUGUACAUCAAGCUGUCUCACUACAGAAACAGGAGAUAGACUAGUGUCCUGUCCAGGGGGUGGUAAUGUACAUCAAGCAGUCUCACUACAAGAAAAACAGGAGAUAGACUAGUGUCCGGGCCAGGGGUGUACUGUAAUCAAGCUGUCUCACUACAGAAACAGGAGAUAGACUAGUGUCCUGUCCAGGGGGUUGUACCUGUACAUCAAGCUGUCCUCACUACAGAAACAGGUGAUUAGACUAGUGUCCUGUCCAGGGGGUGUACUGUAUCAAGCUGUCUCACUACAGAAACAGGAGAUAGACUAGUGUCCUGUCCAGGGGGGUAACUGUACAUCAAGACUGUCCACUACAGAAAACAGGGAUAGACUAGUGUCUGUCCAGGGGUGUACUGUACAUCAAGCUGUCUCACUACAGAAAACAAGGAAUAGCUAGUGUCCUGUCCAGGGGGGUGUUGUAAUACUGUACAUCAAGAUGCUUCACUACAGAAACAGGAGAUAGACUAGUGUCCUGUCCAGGGGGUUGUAAUGUACAUCAAGCUGUCUCACUACAGAAACAACAGGAGAUAGACUAGUGUCCUGUCCAGGGGGUGUACUGUACAUCAAGCUUCUACUAACAGAAACAGGAGAUAGACUAGUGUCUGUCAGGGGGUGUACAUGUACAUCAAGCGUCUCACUACAGAAACAGGAGAUAGACUAGGAUGUACCUGUCCAGGGGGGUAUGUAUGUACAUCAAGCUGUCUCACAUACAGGAAACAGGAGAUAGAACAGUGCCUGUCCAGGGGUUGUACUGUACAUCAAGCUGUCUCACUACAGAAACAGGAGAUAGACUAGUGUCCUGUCCAGGGGGUUUGUACUGUACAUCAAGCUGUGCUCACUAACAGAAACAGGAGAUAGACUAGUGUCCUGUCCAGGGGGAUGUACUGUACAUCAAGCUGUCACUACUACGAAACAGGAGAUAGACUAUGUCCUGUCCAGGGGGUUGUACUGUACAUCAAGCGUCUCACUACCAGAACAGGAGAUGACUAGUGUCCUGUCCAGGGGUGGUACUGGUACAUCAAGCUUGUCUCACUACAGAAACGAGAGAUAGGACUAGUGUCCUGUCCAGGGGUUGUUGACUGUAACAUCAAGUAGUCUCACUACAGAAACGGAUAUAGACUAGUGUCCUGUCCAGGGGUGUACUGUACAUCAGCUGUCUCACUACAGAAAAGGAGAUAGACAUAGUGGUCCGCCCAGGGGUGCUAUGUAAUUACAAAGACUGUCUCAACUACAGGAAACAGGAGAUAGACUAGUGUCCUGUCCAGGGGGUGUACUGCACAUCAAAGCUGUCUCACUACAGAAACAGGAGAUAGACUAGUGUCCUGUCCAGGGGUGACUGACAUCAAUGUCUCCUAAGAAACAGGGAUGACUAUUGUUGUCCAGGGGGUGUAUGUCAUCAAGCUGUCUCAACUAGAAAACAGGAGAUAGACUAGUGUCUGUCCAGGGGGUUUGUACUGUACAUCAAGCUGUCUCACUACAGAAACAGGAGAUAGACUAGUGUCCUGUCCAGGGGGGAGUACAUCAAGCAUGUUAUGGUACUUGUUGUAGGGUGUAUGUACAUCAAAGCUGUCAUACAUACAGAAACAGGAGAUAGAUAGUGUCGUCAGGGGGGUAUCUGUUCAUCAGGGAGUAUUCUGUAGUGUACUGUAUAUCAAGCUGUCUCACUACAGAAACAGGGGAUAGACUAGUGUCCUGUCCAGGGGGUGUACUGUAAUCAAGCUGUCUCACUACAGGAAACAGGAGAUAGACUAGUGUCCUGUCCAGGGGGGUGUACUGUACAUCAAGCUGUCUCACUACAGAAACAGGAGAUAAAGUUAGACUAAGUGUCUCCUUACCAGGGGAGUUUGUACUGUACAUUCAAAGCUGUCACUACAGAACAGGAGAUAGACUAGUGUCCUGUCCAGGGGGUGUACUGUACAUCAAGCUUUCACUACAGAAACAGGAGAUUGCUAGUGUCCUGUCCAGGGGGUGUAUGUAUCACUGUUCACUACAGAAACGAGAUAGACUAGGUCCUUCCAGGGGUGUCUGUACUCAAGUGUCUACACGAAACAGGAUGCUAGUGUCCUGUCCAGGGGGUGUACUGUACAUCAAGCUGUCUCACUACAGAAACAGGAGAUAGACUAGUGUCCUGUCCAGGGGGUGUGUACUGUACAUCAAGCUGUUCACUACAGAAACAGGAGAUAGACUAGUGUCCUGUCCCAGGGGGUGUACUGUACAUCAAGCUAGUCUCACUACAGAAACAGAAGGAGCUAGACUAGUGUCCUGUCCCUAGGGGGGUACUGUGCCAUCAGUUCAUACAGAACAGGAAUAGACUAGUGUCCUUCCAGUGGUGUACUGGUACAUCAAGCUGUCUCACUACAGAAACAGGAGAUAGACUAGUGUCCUGUCCAGGGGGUGUACUGUACAUCAAGCUGUCUCACUACAGAAACAGGAGAUAGACUAGUGUCCUGUCCAGGGGGUGUAUGGUACAUCAAGCUGUCUCACUACAGAAACAGGAGAUAGACUAGUGUCCUGUCCAGGGGUGUUGUAUGUACAUCAAGCUGUCUCACUACAGACACAGGAGAUAGACAUAGUCCUGUCCAGGGGGUGUAUACUGUACAUCAAGCUGUCUCACACUACGGAAACAGGAGAUAGACUAGAGUCCUGUCCAGGGGGUGUACUGUACAUCAAGCUGUCUCACACUACGGAAACAGGAGAUAGACUAGACUUUUCCUCUUCUCCUCUCAUCCCCUGUUCAGAAUCAGGUCUGGAAGCCUGGAAGAUCGGAGUGAUCUCUACUGCUGCGUUUCUGGUCCUGGAGACCAUCGUCAUCAUUGUCUACGUCCUCAAGUGUCGUGACAAAACUAACAGGUGGGUCUGUAGGUACUGUACUAAGUCGGGAACCAAGAUGGUAGAGAUGAACACUAAACAGGUGGGGUUCUGUAGGUACUGUACUAACGUCUGGAACAAGAGUAGAGAUAGAAAACUAACCGGGUGGGUCUGUAGGUACUGUACUAAGUCUGGAACCAAGAGGUAGAGAUGAAACUAACAGGUGGUUCGGUCUAGGUACUGUACUAAGUCUGGAACAAGAGGUAGAGAUGCCAACUAACAGGUUGGGUUCCUGUAGGUACGGUACUAAGUCUGGAAACAAGAGGUAGAGAUUGAAACUAACAGGUGGGUCUGUAUGGUCACUGCUACUAAGUCCCGGAGAAACCAAGAUGGUAGAGAUGAAAACUAAACAGGUGGGUCUGUAGGUACUGUACUAAGUCUGGAACAAGAGGUAGAGAUGAAACUACAGUUGGGGUCUGUAGUGUACUGUACUAAAGUCUGAACAAGAGGUAGAGAUGAAACUACAGUGUGGGUCUGUAGGUACUGUACUAAGUCUGGAACAAGAGGUAGAGAUGAAACUAACAGGUGGGUCUGUAGGUACUGUACUAAGUCUGGAACAAGAGGUAGAGAUGAAACUAACAGGUGGGUCUGUAGGUACUGUACUAAGUCUGGAACAAGAGGUAGAGAUGAAACUAACAGGUGGGUCUGUAGGUACUUUAUUAAGUCUGGAACAAGAGGUAGAGAUGAAACUAACAGGUGGGUCUGUAGAUACUGUACUAAGUCUGGAACAAGAGGUAGAGAUGAAACUAACAGGUGGGUCUGUAGGUACUGUACUAAGUCUGGAACAAGAGGUAGAGAUGAAACUAACAGGUGGGUCUGUAGGUACUUUAUUAAGUCUGGAACAAGAGGUAGAGAUGAAGGACUAGUAAAGAGUAGGAAAUACAUUUAAUGUGCUCCCUUAGAACUAUGAAAUAUACACAUUCUGGAACAUCUUCUGUGUCGUACUUUAAACGUCUUACCUUUCUUUGAGAUUGAAGUUUAAGAGUUAAAAUGACGGUUAAGGUUUUUCUGUAAAGUUUCUGGUCAGGACACAGGGUUGAUGUCUGAAACGGUGUGUUUCUCUGUGUAGCGGCCCAGUGUCAGACAGGGGCUGUGGGGAGGUGGAGGUGGAGGUGGAGGCAGGUACAGCACCGCGUAAUGAAGAGACUCCACCAGUCGGAGACGGAGACCGCCAACAGUGCGUAAUGAAACUACGUUUACCUUAACUCCUGUCUUUUUAAUUACUUACUGAACACAAUCCGGGUGUCGUCUCCAAACUGUACUCUUAAUUAACCCUUUAACUGUCUCUUCUUGAGAAUGUUGAAAUAAUAUUUCACCUUAAAUUCCUAUUGCUAACAACUCAGAAAAUAACGGCCAAUAGUAUUUGUCUUACAACAAUGUUUACUGUGGAAAUGAAAGAGCUCUACCAGGCGUUUGAGAAGUCGAAAGAGGGUCUUAUCAGCAAUGCAAUAUUAAAAUGUCAAUUUGCAUAGCAUUUUUACUCAUCUCAAGAAUAUUACAUGCAAUUACAUUACCCAUGACUCUUCGCUGAGCAUUUACGGCUCAUCAGAGUAAAGAAUAAGGUUGUUGCGCUGCUAACAACCUGCAGUCUGUAUCUUACUCAAUACAAAUACAUUGGUUUCCUACCCUGGUCCUGAAGAGGUAUAGGGAGUGCAGGCUUUAGUUCCAGCCAUGCACUGAAGACACCUGAUUCAACCAGUCCUCAAGAAAACAAUGAGCUGAAUCAAGAGGGUUAGUGUCAGGCUGUAACAAAAACAUGCACAGCCCUGUAGCUCUUCAGAACCACCGUGUAGCUCUUCAGAACCACCGUGUAGCUCUUCAGAACCACCGUGUAGCUCUUCAGAACCACCGUAUUUGACCCCCCCCCCCCCCCCCCCCAGAAAAAAAAAGUCACAUGCGCCAAACAAAAUAGGUGUAGACUUUACCGUGAAAUACUUACCUUUCCCAACAAUGCAGAGUUAAAAAGUAUAAAAACAUUAUUAGGAAGGUGUUUUUAAUGUUUUGUACACUCAAUGUAUAUCAAUGCUUCAACUGGUUUCCUGCCUCUGAGUCAUGUGUAAGUCUGUUGUAGGUCUGUUGUAAGAUCUGUGCUCAGUAGGUCACAUGACAUGAGUUAGUCGGUCCAGCUGAAGCCAGAGCAUUAUUCUGCCUUACUGCAGACCCAAUCCACAUCAAGGGAAGUACACUAAGAAAGAAGGUUAGACAACAGCAAAAACAAGUCUCUUUCUCUCAUUUUCUCUCUUUCCCCCUCUUUCUAUAUUUCUCUCUCCCCCUCCCUCUCCCCUCCUCUCUCUCUCUCUCUCUCUCUCUCUCUCUUCUCUCCCUCCCCCCUCUCUCUCUCUCUCUCUCUCUCCCCCUCCACCUCUAACUCUCUCUGUAUUGUAAUAAUAUAAUAUAAUAAUAAUAAUAAUAUGCCAUUUAGCAGACACUUUUAUCCAAAGCGACUUACAGUCAUGCGUGCAUACAUUUUUGUGUAUGGGUGGACCCGGGGAUCGAACCCACUACCCUGGCGUUACAAGCGCCGUGCUCUACCAGCUGUCUACCCUACUUGCAUCUACUGAUGUUUCUUUAACCCAUUCUACUUCCGUCUCUCCUCUAGAAUUGCUGCUCUGGCCCCGUGGUACCUGGCCCCCUCUCUAACCCAACAGCAGGAGGAGGAGGAGGGGGGUAGCGAUGACGGAUAUACAGCUCAACUCCAUAGAGGACUCCACCAACAGACCAGUAGAUCCGUCACAUGA